AUGGCGUCUCCUGCGUCCACUCCCCUCAGAGUUUGCGGCGACUGCAGCGUGCUUUUCGAUGAUGAUGAAAUGUUCUUUAACUUUGUUCUCAAACCGAAUUUUGCAACGUGUCCGAAAGUCCUGCGUUUUCUUAGUGCAGCUCGUGCCGGAAAUCUUGGCUUACUCAAAGAGUUGGCUUCGCAAUUCGACGAUGGGAGAGGGAUGGCAAUAACCAUUGCGGAUGCUAAGGACGAUAAGGGACGUGGGGCGCUUCAUUUGGCCGCGAUAGAGGGCAAGAUUGAAGUGUGCAAGUACUUGUUGGAGGAGUUGAAGCUUGAUGUGGACCCAAAAGACGUUGAGGGUGACACUCCUCUUCAUCUUGCUGCUGGAUCGGCGCACAUUGAAACAACAAAGUAUCUAAUAGAUCGACGUGCCGAUUCUACCAUACCUAAUGAUGGUGGUCUGACAGUAUUGCAUUACUUUGCUGGGUCAGGGAACCUCGAAUUGAUGAACUUUCUACUUUCUAAAGGGGUCAACAUCGAUUAUCAAAGCUCCUUGGGCAGCCCUUUAUUUUUUUCUGCUGGCUGUGCUCAGCUAGAUGCUGUAAAAUUUCUCUUAGAACAUCAUGCUAACCCUAAUGCGGAAACUGUUGAUCGUUUAACUCCGGUCUUUGCAUCCGUCACUAUCAAAUCGCUUGAAUGCUUAAAGCUGUUGAUUCGGUGGGGUGCAAAGGUGAAUGUUACUUUUCCUGGAGGAGGAACACCUCUGCAUGUUGCUGCUUUCAUGGGGAAGCUCGAUAUCAUAAGUUGCUUACUAGAAGCUGGAGCUGAUCCCAAUGUCAGAGACGAGAAUGGGAAAACACCCAUACAACUUGCAGCACAAAGAGGCCAUCGUGCAGCCGUGGAGAUUCUUUUUCCAAAGACUUCAAAUAUUAAAACUAUUCCAUGGAGUGUGGAUGGAAUCAUGAUGCAUAUGCAGGCUGAAUGUGGUGAUAAGCAGGAAGAAGUCGGGGAAGCAGAGGAAACAAGUAAGGAGAAGGACGACUUGUUGACAAACCAAAAGCUCUCUGAGGAAGAAAUUGGCAAAGCAAAGGAAACUCGUCAGGAGGACAUCUUAUUGACAAAGGAAAAGCUCUCUGAGGAAAGUGAAGAAGCAAAGCAGAAAGCUGCCGAAGCCAAAUUAAGAGGAGAUGCGGCGGUUAAAAGAAAAGACUAUCAUGCAGCUUUAUACGCUUAUACGCAAGCAAGAGGCUUUGACCAAAACGACGCAACUUUGCUCUCCAAUAGAAGUCUUUGCUGGAUUCGCUUGGGGGAAGCAGAACAUGCUCUAGUUGAUGCAAGGGCCUGUAAAGCACUUAGACUAGAUUGGCCAGAAGCUUGCUAUCGGGAAGGUGCAGCUCUGCGUUUACUGCAGAGGUUCAAUGAAGCUGCGGAUUCUUUCCAUGAGGCUGUCAAACUUGACCCUGAGAAUUGGGAACUUGUAAAUGCUUUCAGAGAAGCUGUCCGAGAUGCAAAGAAGGUCCGCGGUAAGGACCAAAAGAGUUUGACUUUGAGCAAGGCGAAGAAGACGGAUGAUCUUGACGCUUGA